GAAAGACAUUAACUCAUAGCCCAACGUCAGGCAGAGUCUGUCGGUCUGUCAUGAAAUGAACUGUGUCAAUCGACCAACUCUCAAUCACGCGACAAACAUGCCAGCCCAUCCUCAGCGCCCGCCUGGCGUAUCUUCUAGCGCCCGCCUGGCCCACACGCACACACAAACGAGCACGGGCCCACCCAAUCACCUGGCUAUACGACUUCUCAACCAGGCGGCCGGAAAAAGCAUUGGCCUCUCUGCCCCACACACCAUCCACCGUGACGCCCAAGGGGGUGAAGUGGAUGGACUUGUCCUCGCACACACUGGCGGUUAACCAACGCAGUGGUCGACCGACACACAGUGUGAUCCACUCCAUGCACUGCACUGAAUGCAAUUGAGUCCACAAACCAACGGACACAAAAUCCUUGCAGGCCACGCUUCGCUUCGCUUCGCUUCACCCCUCACUCACAGGACAGACAUCUGUCUGUCAACAAAAAACCCCUCAUGCUCGUGCCAUCCAGGCACUGAAUGCCUUAGGGUAGUCUGUCUGGAUGGCUGUGAUGCCGUCAGGGUGCCUCACAGCGUACGACCAAUCGCCCUACACACACACAUACAGACACACCUGCCGGCCGGCCUGCCGGCCUGCCUACUGAUGUGUGUGUGUGAUGUGCUGUGUUGUGUUGUGUUGUGAUGAGAGACCCACCUCCUCGUUAAGUAUCCAAAUGACAACAGGCACCCCCCGCCUCUCCAAAUGACGCCACAGACCUGUCAGGACACACACAUUCACACACAUCAUGGAUAAUAUGAUAUAUAGAUGUGUGGACGAUUCAAUCAGUGAGGCGCAUGACUUGACUUGCCUUGCCCACCUGGUCUGUUGAUGAGCACCUUGGCCAUGUAGGCCUUGGCCCAGAACCACCACCCCACCUUCUUGCCCUUCAUCUCGGCAACUUUUGCGAACAGAUUGACGAUAAGGGAAUUCACCAAGGGGACAUUGUAGACCUGCAAGCAAGCAACCCAUCACACCCCACGCAUACGCACACGCACACGCAGCCGCAGCAGAGUGACACUGACGACGGACACACACAGUCCUCCUCGUGUGUGUACCAGGUUGUUUGGGAUGCUCACGAAGGGCAGAAGGCCCAUUGUGUAGAGCGCGACGAUUCUCAGAAAUUCGGGCUUGACAGUGAUGCACGGGACGGACGUAUCCUUGGCCUGCAUCACACACAGAGGCCACAGAAAGAAAAGAGGCCACUUGAUUCAGCGGCCCCGGUCUGUUUGUCUGGCUGCAUACCCACCAUGAGUUUCUCCUUGAGGGAUUUGUUGAAGGGGUUGCCCCAGACAGUGCGGUUCUUCCGCCCCGAAUUGACCAGCUCUCGGUACACAGCAUCGACUGUCGCCUGGUCGUCAUCCCACAGCUCAAGGAUGGCAAACAUGUCAGGCCCGAGAGCCGCCAACACAUCCUUCAGCAGCGACAGGCGGCCACCUGCGCACACACGAACAGACAAACACAACACGCGAACAGCGGUAGGGAGGGAGGGAGGUGUUCGUGCCUGCGUGCGAAAGUGUGUGUCUGUGUGUGACUACCGUACCGUCUGUUUUGACGGGAUGGGGGAUCAGCAGGUUGGGUGGCAACUCCUUCUUCAGCGGAGGGAUGUCGUCGUAGUUGAGACUGCAGACAGACACAAGACACAGACAGACAGACAGACAGACAGACAGACAAGAUACCGGUGCCCAACCAUGGCAGGAGAUAGAUACAGGUGAGCUGUGUGUUGUGUCCCUUCUCCCCACCAGUCACUCACUCUUUCAGCUCUUUGUCUGCUCCCGUCAGGUUUUUCAGCCCCGAGUGGUACGCCACGGCCACGCCGUCCUUGGUCAUCCGUGCAUCAAUCUGGCACCCCGCCGCGCCGUUCGCCACGCAGUUGUUGACUGCACUGACGGUGUUCUCGGCCUCUUCGCCGCCUCCCGCCCGAUGCCCCACGCACAACACGCGGCCUCCUCGAGCUUUUUUCGCAUCGAAGAAGAUCUUCUGCCGGAUGUCCGAGGGGUCAGGUCGGCCCCAGAGGAGGUGGGGAUACCGCCCGAAGAUCUCCGAGAUGAGUGCAUAGGUAGCGACAGCCCCGCCGGCGACGACCAGAGGCCGAAGCCAUGGAUGGGCGUCGGUUGACGAUGCCAUUGGCGGAG